CGCCCUCCAGGAGCAGCCAUGCUGCCCUGGAGACGCAGCAAGUUCGUCCUGGUGGAGGAUGAACCCAAAUGCCAAGCCAAGAGCCUGCGACCGGGCCUGGCCUACGGCUCGCUCCUGUCCACCGUCCUGCGGGCCUGCCCGGACCUGGUGCCCGGCUGGCCCCUGGCCCGCCUGGGCCGCCUCUUCCGCACCCGCCGACGGAAAGUGGAGCUCACCCCGGAGGACCCCACAUACACCGUCUGCUACUUGGGCAACGCCGUCACUCUGCAGGCCAAGGGCGACGGCUGCACCGAUGAUGCAGUGGCCAAAAUCUGGGCCCGCAGCGGCCCAGCUGGUGGCACCAAGAUGAGGCUGACCCUGGGGCCGCAGGGCAUCCGCAUGCAGGCCGGAGGGAGGCCUGGGGGACGACGGUCCACCCAUGCCUACCUGCUGCCCCGCAUCACCUACUGUGCAGCAGACGGGUGCCACCCCAGGGUCUUCGCCUGGGUCUACCGGCAUCAGGCCCGCCACAAGGCCGUGGUCCUCAGAUGCCACGCCGUGCUGCUGCCCAAGGCACCCCAGGCCCGGGCCCUGGCCCACCUGCUCCGCCAGGCCGCCCUGGCCGCCUUCAGCGACUUCAAGCGGGUCCAGCGGCAAAACGACGCCCGCCACGUGCGCCAGGACCGGCACUGCCAGCUCCUGCCCGCGGGCACUGCCACCCCCGUGCCCCACCUGCCCCUACGACGCCUGCUUAACUCCAAGUGCCCCUACCGACCUCCCCCAGCCGAGCGUGGGCGCGGAGGGGCUCCCCGGCUCAGCUGCAUCCUGGAGGAGGACGAGGACCAGGAGGAGGACGGAGGGGACGGGGGGCAGGGGGGAGAUGGGCAGAGGGACCAGGGCGAUGGGCGACCUCUCCAGGAGAGGCCCGAGGUGCUAAGCUUGGCCAGGGAGCUGAGGACCUGCACCCUCAGGGGUCCCCCCGACCCGCGACCUUGGAAGUCCGGUCUCCUCCGGCGGGCUUGCCUGGCGCGUUAGGCCGGGGGAGCCGGGGGCGGUGGAGAUGCCACGCUGACCCGUCAGGACUGGCAUCCCUUCCUUGCAAGGCCGGAAUCCCAGGCUGACACCCCCUCCCCGCCUUUUCCGUCCAAUCCUCUCCCCCUGCCCGCGGGCAGCAGGCCCUCCCCAUACCUCCUCCGG